CGGAGAGCCCAAGCCCAAACAGACACGCCCCCUAACUCUUUUAUGGGCCAUUUUCUCGAUCUGGCCCGUGCAAGCUUUUCAUUCCCCAGAGGCAUCCCGAUCUUUGUCCGAGCUUGCAAUCUGCAUCUGCAAUCUGCAUCUGCCGGUGAUCCUCCGAUCGCCAACCGGAGCUUCAGAAAUCCGAAGGUUGUUCCCCCUCUUUAUCGCGAUCGAAAUCGAGCAAAAAACCAUGGGGUUCGUCGUCACGAGCCUAGUUUUUACGGUGAUUGGGAUUCUCGCAUCGCUCUGUACCAGAGUUUUCUGCAACAGGGGGCCAUCCACGAAUUUGUUGCUCGUGACAUUGGUUAUUACGGCUACAGUCUGCUGUUGGAUGAUGUGGGCAAUUGUAUAUCUUGCACAGAUGAAACCUCUUAUUGUCCCAAUUCUGAGUGAGGGGGAAUGAAGUGCUUCCCGCUUGACUAGUGUUGUAGGUGAUGCACUGGCUAUUGUAUCACAUAUUUUUUAGGCACAAGGACCAUUCAAUAUUUUCUUGGACGAGGAUGUAAAUAAUGUUGGCAGAUCCACCUUUGAGUUCACAUGGAUUGACUGCCUUAAUAUCUCAGCCUUGAUUUGUUUAUAUGCUCAUAUGAUACUGGUGCAACUUUACCAUUAUGUAAGAAGAAUAAAUACAGAUGUUAUACCGAUAACAAUGCUGAAGCGUUAUGUCCCUUU